GUGUAAAACAGGAUAGUCCGGGGACCAUGGGCGGGAUCCCUAUCGCAAGGCAUGCAACCGCCGCGCGUGGGAAUGGAAUCCGCACGGGAGAUCGCAGCCCGUUUGGGGGCAUUCCAUAAGGCCGUGCCGGGGAUGCAUUUUCCUUUGAAAGCCUGCGCACCCACCGGGACGUCGACUGACUUGCUCUCUGACCGCGACAAAUUCCUCAACCGUAGUCCAAACACUGUGGACGUCAGCCGUCGACAUGUCAGCCACAGCUUUCGUCAACCAGGCGCCGACCAAUCUGGGGCCGCUGACAACGACCUUCGCACCGCCAGCGGAGUGCACCCUCGCUGUGGGGGCAGGAGGCGGGCUUCUGGCGGGGGCACUCGGCGGCGGAAAGAAGGACGCUGCCUGGCUCGGGCAAACAUGCUCCGGGGGAAAGGCCGUCGAUGCCAUGUCUUGUUGGCCGGAAACUACGAAAGGCGCCGCGUCGAGGACGGCCCCACUCCACGGAUGGGGCUUCUACUCACCUGGGCUGCACUGCCCUGUUGGAUAUGCAACCGCUUGCUCCGCGACGGGAGGCGAGCAGUCGGGGUGGCCAGUGCAGUUCAAACUGCGCGAAGGGGAGACGGCAAUCGGCUGCUGCCCAAGUGGCUAUGGCUGCGCCAACAUCAACGGCCAGACCUGCACCAUGGUGGCAACGUCCACCACAAUUUCAAUCGUCACAUGCGACGGGAGCAAGCCCGGCGAUCUUCCUUCCCGGACACUCCCAGACCCCGAAGCAUCGAUUACGGCGUUCAGCCUCUCUGCGCCGAUGAUCCAGAUUAACUGGCAGAGCAGCGACCGGCCGAGGGCAACGUCAAGCGAGAAAACGUCCAGCGGGAGCCAAAGCGGGCGCUCAAGCGCGGCAAGAACAACAACAAGGAACCGCAUCACAGCCUCUGGCACGCUUAUCGUUGACACUGACGCAAAAACCAGUGCCGACACGCUUAUCCUCGACGGAAGCCCGCGGACGACGGGAGCGGGCAAAAUUGAUCUCGGCGACGCAACCCCAACCAUCACGCUCUCUCUGCAGGAAAGCGAAACCCCGUUCGACAGCGGGUCCUUUAGCUCUGGCGCAAGAGUCGCCAUCGGGGUCACGGGCGCGGUAGCCGUGAUCAUGAUGGUCAUCUGCGCGUUCUUCUAUUGCUGGCGGAGGCGCAAGAGCCAGCGGGAGGAGCAGGAGCUGGACAGGCUGUACGCUGUGAAGGGCACCAUGACCUGGGGCGCAAAUUUCACCGACAGCGGUAACAUUCCCGGGUGGUAUCGAGGGCAGAGGCUGGUGACGCCGACUAAGGAUCCGUCUGCUCCGCGUCAUCAGCCCGAUGGAAGUUGGGUGACGGAGAUUGAGACGCCGCCGGUUUUGCGGACGCCGCCGGUUCCGCAUUACAGGCCAUAUCGGUCACCACUCGGGUGAAGAUUAUCGUUAUUGGUGCUGUUCGGGUUGUGUACAAGUACGC